UGCACCAUGAAUACGUAUUUCGAAAUAAACAUCCAGCUAUUACUUGAAUAUAUGGAUAGUUCUUUAAAAAAGCUCUGAAAUAUUACUUGCUAAUUUUGGCCGUUUUUAACUUCUUUUAUUUAGCUUUUUUAUUUGAAUGAAUUAAAUUUGCCAAUGGACAAUAAUCUGUUUUGCAACGCAUUGAUUGCGCAGUUGACGUCUACUACUCAAUAAUAGCUAUUUCACAGGGCUUUGCUUAGCCAUAUGUUGGCCACAACUCGAUUAAUUCGGCUCUAUGGAGCUGCUCAGAUUUGUGUUAACUGAUUAAGUUUUUGUUUUGUAUUAUAUGAUGAGCAUCGUGUCCUUUCGAAAUUUGGGUUCGUCAAUUGAUCACUUCAGCGUAUACUGGAGGGGUGUUAGUUUCCUUGACAUUGUUUGUCGUUCCUUAAUUGAACAGGUUAAUCUCGAGGCUGUUCGCCAGGCGCUAGGCGCAGUUCGAUCUGUGCGCUCUUUAGUUGGUAAAGUGUUCCGUACAUUAGCUGAAGGUGUCCGGGCAAGCCAUGAGUCUGAGGAGCGGGAACGAGAUCAGGCUUUCAAGGGUAGCCUCGCCAGCGCUCUCAGCCAAUUGCACUCGAAACUAAGGGAGCUGGAAAGUUCUGCACAGAAUUUGGGUGGAGCUAGUCUUGGACUUGGAGCGACUUCAUUCCUUUGCCAGGACCCAACACUAGAUCGUACCUCACUGUAUGUAGAUAUGGUAAAAGCUCAUCGAUGGCUUGACCGGGUACACGAGUACACACAUCAUAUGGCAUCUAUACUCCAGCAGAAUAAUCUAAAGAGAUCAAACAAUCAGGUUUUCUGCAACAAACGUAGGCAGAGACUGCCCGUGCCUAGGGGCCAUAACGUCCCACAACCACCUGUUGACCAAUUCUUGAGCACAAUGCAACGGGGAUUGACCGAUAUGUCCAUCGACAUUGUCCGACCCUGUGGGCAAAAUGCCGUUCUCAAAGUGACGCUUGGCCGAACCCUCAAAGCUAUUAUCGUGCUGCGUGGCUUGCUCAUCGAAUGGGUCCUGAUCAAAGGAUAUACCGAGGAACUAUACACAGCAGAUGACCAGCUCGAUCUUUGGACCCCAUCACGUUUUGCUGUCUUUCAGAAGGUCACUGAACAUGCAAGUGCAGCUAUGUUGCACUUCCAUGUCCCGAGCAUGCACGAAGUUGCCGUGAAAUCGUUUCUACAUUGGCUGCACAGUUACAUAACGCUGUUUUCGGAUGUUUGUCGUCGUUGUAAUCGUCAUUUGCAAAAUCAUUUUCCACCGACGUGGCAUUGUGUUCGAACCUGUGAGGCCUAUCAUGAAACAUGCAGGCCAUGAAAUGCGAAAUGAUCAUGUCUACCAACUAAACAAUAGCGGGCGGUACCAGUAUGCUACUAGAACCUAUCCUCUAUUCGAAAUCAUGACGGCUUUUGCUGACGAAUAUUUGAGCAGAGCUUUGCUCAUAACAUACACCUGCAAGUAACAAUCAUGUGGUUGCUAAUGCUACCGGUAGACAGUUUGAUAUUGAGAUAGUUUGGUGUCGCAGCACUUUGUGUAUAGUGUGAUUAAACAGUUUCAUUAAAGAUCUUCCCCAUCAAUAGCGAUGCAGAAAAACUAACCACAGUUCAGUAAGUGGGAAAAAGUUUCCAGAUGCGAACUGCCAUCAUUCUAUGUACAGUAUGCAUGAAUAUGAAUAUAUUGGGGGAGACACUACAUAAGCAUUAAAUAGACAAGUGUUUAAUUGUGUGCUAAUUAGCUUAGUUGCAAUGUAGCUGUGUAUGGUAUUUCAGAGACUAUCAAAAAUAAACGCCCU